UUAUAUUCCAACCGACUCUUGCCCCAUUCAUUUCCAAUCCACACGUCACCACCACUUUCUUCUUCUUCUUCUUCUCUCUCUCUCUCUCUCUGCAAAUUCAGUUCUCACCGCCGGCAUGGCAACAGAAACAGCAACGGCAAGAGCACCAAACCUCAACCUAUGUGCAAUCCUGUCAGAAUCGAAACGAAUCAUCAACGCACACUCUCGUCACUUCCUUGCUCUCUCCGUUAUCUUCCUUCUCCCUCUCUCCUUCUCCCUUGUGGUCUUCCCCACCCUCUUCCACCUCAUCCUCACCCCCAACAACAACAACAACUCUCGCGUCCACAUCCUCAUACGCUACACCCUCCUCACUCAAACCCCCCAAACCCCACAAACCCUAACCCAAACCACUUCUCCGCCACCACCUUUACCUUUCUCUCUCCCCCUUCUUCUCUUCUCUCUCCCCCUUCUUCUCUUCUCUCUCUUCCUCUUCCUCUUCUCUCUCUUCUCCCUCGCCACCAUCACCCACAGCGUCUUCCACGGCUUCUUCGGUCGACCCGUUAAGCUCCUCUCCGCCAUAACCUCCAUCCUCACCUCCUUCACCCCUCUCCUCGCCACCACCAUCGUUUCCCACUCCAUCCUCUCCUCCAUCUCUCUCCUCUUACCUCUCUUACUUCAAUCCAUUCACCUUCUCGGCUUCAAACUCUCUUACUCUUCCCCUUUCUUCCUCUUCCCCUUCUCGCUCCUUGUCAUCCUCUUCAUCUUCUUCCUCCUCUACCUCCGCGUCUCCUGGACCCUCGCAUCCGUCAUCGCCGUCGUGGAAUCCACCUGGGGGUUUGCUCCGAUGAAGCGGAGCGCGGCGCUCAUGAAGGGAAUGAAAUGGGUGGGCGUGUCUUCCUUGUUCUUCUUUGGCUCCUUGGAGGGGAUCCUGUUAUGGAGUGGGUCAGUUCUCACGGUGGGUUAUGACGGUGGCGCUUGGAAAGAUUGGGCUUUUGUGGUUCAGAUUGUGAUGACUUCGACUGUGCUAAUGCUGCUUCUGCUUUACAACACCGCCGCUAACACGGUGUUGUACAUGUAUUGCAAGGCCGUUCACGGUGAACUUGCUUUGGAGAUUGCGGAGGAGUUCGCUUGGGAGUAUAUUAGCUUGCCCUUUGAUGAUGGAAAGGUCCCUCACGUUGUUUCUGUUGUUCAUGUGUAAACAAUUAAGUUUCUCAGACCAACCAGGUUAAAUGGCAACUCUCUUGUAACAAAUAUUAGAUUACCUCUGUAAUCCCCCCCCUUGUCGUUAUGAUUUGUGUAAAAAAAAUGAUGAUGGAUAAACACACGUUAUUGUUAGAUCAAGCAAAGAAUGUGAUAUGGUGAUAUUACUAAUGUGAAACUUGUGGAUACCAAGCAUUUUCUUGUGAAAUGAACAAGCUGGCCUAUUGGAUUUUGGUUUUUUUUUCGUUUCUUUU